AUGGACGCUUUCAGACUGCUGUACGCUUUCCAUGUCAAACCAAGACUUGAGUAUGGUGAUGCGGCGACAUGCCCCUGCACGGCCGAUGAACUGGCUAAGUUGGAGCGUGUUCAACCUGCUGCUAUUAGACUCGUAGUUGAACUUCGCGGGACCAACUAUGAAGGUCGUCUACAGGCUACUGGUCAGUUCCCAGUUGCGUAUUAG